UCACUGAAUGGCUGACAUUUGACAACAUGCACCACCAGUGGCUUCUGUUGGCCGCAUGUUUUUGGGUGAUUUUCAUGUUCAUGGUGGCUAGCAAGUUCAUCACGCUGACCUUUAAAGACCCUGAUGUGUACAGUGCCAAACAGGAAUUUCUGUUCUUGACAACCAUGCCGGACGUGGGGAAGUUGCCUGAGGAGAAGCACUUACCUGAGGAACUGAAGCCAACUGGAAAACUGCUCUCAGACGGCCGGCUCGUUGAGCCUUUGGUCUACAUGGAGCGCCUGGAACUCAUCCGAAACGUUUGCAGAGAGGAGGCUUUGAAGAACCUCUCACACACUGCUGUCUCCAAGUUUGUUCUGGACCGAAUAUUUGUCUGUGAUAAGCACAAGAUUCUUUUCUGCCAGACUCCCAAAGUGGGCAACACGCAAUGGAAGAAAGUGCUGAUUGUUUUGAAUGGAGCUUUUCCUUCCAUCGAAGAAAUCCCUGAAAAUGUGGUUCAUGACCAUGAAAAGAAUGGCCUCCCACGCCUGUCUUCCUUCAACAAUGCAGAGAUUCAGAAACGAUUGAAAACAUACUUCAAGUUUUUUAUUGUGAGAGAUCCAUUCGAAAGACUUAUUUCUGCAUUUAAGGACAAGUUUGUUCAUAACCCUCGGUUUGAGCCUUGGUACAGGCAUGAGAUUGCCCCUGGCAUCAUCAGGAAAUACAGGAGGAAUCGGACGGAGACUCGGGGGAUCCAGUUUGAAGAUUUCGUGCGCUACCUUGGCGAUCCAAACCAUAGAUGGUUAGAUCUUCAGUUUGGAGACCACAUCAUUCACUGGGUGACAUACGUAGAGCUCUGCGCACCCUGCGAGAUAAAGUACAGUGUGAUUGGACACCAUGAGACCCUAGAGGACGAUGCUCCUUAUAUCUUAAAAGCAGCAGGGAUAGACCAUCUUGUGUCCUAUCCAACCAUACCUCCAGGCAUUACUGUGUAUAAUAAAACCAAGGUGGAGCACUACUUCCUGGGGAUAAGCAAACGAGAUAUCCGGCGUCUGUAUGCACGUUUUGAAGGGGACUUUAAGCUCUUUGGGUAUCAGAAACCAGACUUUUUGCUAAACUAA